AUGGAAGACUCAUCAAGAUCCCUCCAAUAUGCUCAAGAGUUUGUUAACUUCGUUAAUGCUUCUCCAACGCCAUAUCACGCUGUGAAAUCAGUAAAAGAGAUGCUAUUUGACGCAGGUUUCAUGGAAUUAUCAGAAAGAUCCAAUUGGAAUUCAAAGCUUAAAAGAGGCGGCAAGUACUUUGUUACAAGAAACUCUUCUUCUUUGAUUGGUUUCACUGUUGGUCAAAAGUUCGAAAAUGGUUCAGGUGUUUCUAUAGUUGGAGCACAUACUGAUUCCCCUUGCUUAAGAAUAAAACCUAUUUCAAAAAGAACUUCUGAAGGAUUCAUACAAAUAGGUGUCGAGCAGUAUGGAGGUCUCAUUGCUCAUUCAUGGUUUGACCGUGAUUUGUCAGUAGCAGGGAGGGUCUAUAUAAAUGAAGACGGCAAAUUUGUUCCGAAACUAUUGAAGAUCAAUAAGCCCCUAUUGAGAAUACCUACUUUGGCAAUUCAUUUGAAUAGAGAAGUGAACAAGAAGUUUGAAUUUAAUUCCGAAACCAAGUUCGUUCCAAUUGCAGGUCAGGUUUGCCUUGAUAAAUACGAAAGUAAGGACGAGAAAAAAAGCUGUAAAGAUGAUCCUGCUUUAAAACUCUCUCCUGAAGAGUUCGUUUCUGUUCAAUCAGUCAUUGAGAGGCAUAAUCAAUCGUUAAUAGAAUUAAUUGCUAAAGAGCUUGGUGUGAACCUGAACCAGGUUGAAGAUUUUGAGUUAGUCUUGUAUGAUCAUCAAAAGUCUACCAUUGGUGGUUUAAAUGACGAGUUUAUAUUUUCACCAAGGUUGGAUAACCUUACUUCAUGUUUUUGUGCGGCUGAUGGCCUUAUCAAAGCAACCAAAAUGAUUGAGACCCAGAAAGGAAUUCAAUUAAUAUCUUUAUUUGAUCAUGAAGAAAUAGGAUCUGUUUCUGCUCAAGGAGCUGAUUCCACUUUUUUACCUGACACAAUUCAAAGGCUUACUAAAGUUAACUUUUCAGGAAAUGAAGCAGUGGAUUAUUUUUAUGAAACAAUGUCUAAAUCGUUUCUUUUAUCAUCUGAUAUGGCACACGGUGUCCAUCCUAAUUAUGGUGAAGCAUAUGAGACCAAGAAUAGACCGCAGUUAAAUAAGGGACCUGUAAUCAAGAUCAAUGCAAACCAAAGGUAUGCUACUAACUCUCCAGGAAUCGUACUUUUGAAAAAAGUUGCCGACUAUGCAAAGGUUCCAUUGCAGUUGUUUGUAACGAGAAAUGACUUUCCUUGUGGAUCAACUAUAGGUCCCAUCUUAUCUGCCAAGUUAGGAAUUCGAACAUUGGAUUUGGGUAAUCCUCAAUUAUCUAUGCAUUCGAUCAGAGAAACGGGUGGCAGUCUUGACGUGGCAUACUUGUGCGAUCUAUUCGCAUCCUAUUUUGAACAUUACUUUGAAUUAGACGAGAUAAUUCUUUGUGAUAAUGUUUAG